AUGCAACAUUUUAAUGCUACUUUUCACCAUGGGGGUGAAUUUGUCAUGGUAAACCAAAACGAGAUCAUUUAUAAAGGGGGAGUUGAUUCGAAUAUGUCUGGGUUACACAUUGAGAACUGGACAAUAGAUAGUGUUCACAAGAUGGUGAAUAGGUGGGGGUAUAAGAAAGGAAGUUAUAGGUUAUGGACAAAAUUUUUAGAAAUUGAUGAGAGUUUUAUUCAGAUAAGAAAAGAUGAUGAUGCAUACGAUUUUGGAUCAUAUUGUUGUGCAAUGGUUACUGAUGGAGAUAUCUUUGUGGAAUAUGAUGUUAAAAAUAUGGAACUUGGAGUAAGGGAACCUAAGUGUGUUAAUAGGGUGACUGAUAUGGAAGGGAUAGAAGAUGAGGUGGUUGAAGGUUUAGAUGAUAGAGAAGAUGAUAUAGCUACUGCUCUUGUAGAUGGGUUUGAGGGAAUUGAUGUAACAUUACCUAUAAGGGAAUAUGGGGUAAUUACUGGUCUUUUGGGUAGUCCCAAUAAGAAAUUUGAUGAAGAUGAUUAUUAUAGUGAUGAGUUAGACUCCUCAUAUCCAGAUGAUUCUUGUGAUGAUAAAAUGCCCAAGUAUGAGAGGUUUAGGAAAUAA